AUGUAUCACGAAAGCGCUUCAUCUGGUUUACUACCUGUGCACCGUCUUUCGGUAAAAUACGAGUGACGACUCCCUCGACUCCGACAUCUCAACGAAUGAUGACAGAAAAAUGACAAGCAGCCCUUCGGAAAUGAAAGAUGGAGGAAAAACGAUUUCCGAUCACCCCUCGGAUAUAAAAGGCCUUCGAAGACGUCAUCGGCUCUCUUUUUCGCUCCGGUCGUCAUCUAUACAUGGAAGUGCACGGAAAACGUAAUGUAAAUUAAGAAAUUAUAAGUAGUGUUUAAGAAAUAAACGGCAUGAAAUAUAGUGAAUUAGAAGUUUAAAAGUAAAAAUAAAGUGAAAUUAUAGCAUGAACUAGAAUAAAGUGAAUUCUUAAACAAAAGUGGACUAAGAAGUGUAGUGCGUGAGUGAUCAUCCGAAGUACUGAGGGAGAACAGAAAAUUGGGAACUACUUCCUGACCUGGGACACUGAACAGCGGUUUCUCAGCUAUCGUUCACCGUUCACCUACGUUAUCGACAAAGUGGUCCUUCGAGCCGGAUAACCGGAUUCAACGUGGAACUCCGGUGUAUCGCCAGUCCUUCGCAACAUAUCCCCACGUGUCAGGUCAGGUUAAGGAUCCAUCGAAACUUCUGGAGCCUCGCGGGAUUAUAGAAUACAAGGCAAAUCAUUGCCUGUAAGCAGCUCAUUUCAUCCCUUCACGAUGUCCGGCGAACGGCGAAUCAAGACCUUGAAGACGAGGCAGAAGAGCAUUCUGAUGUCCUUCGGUCUCAUCAAGACGUUCGUGGACGACUUCAAUGAGGAAACCGAUGCAUGUGAAGUAUCGGUCCGAUUAGAACAUCUCGUCAAUUUGUGGAACGAUUUCAACGGCAAUCAAGCAGAGCUCGAAACGCUCGACGAAGUUGCUAUCGACGAUCACCUUAAAAGCCGCGUUGAUUUCGAGACCUCGUACUUCAAAGUGAAGGGAUUCCUACUGUCCAUGAAUAAAGAAACACCGGUUUCCCCUCGCACGUCUUCGUCCUCUACAUUCACCGCGCACAGCCCUGUACAGUCGUCGCAUGUAAGGUUGCCCGACAUAAAACUGCCCAACUUCGCCGGAAAUCUCGACCAAUGGCUAAAUUUCCACGAUCUCUUCGUGUCCCUAGUCCACUCGUCGCACGAACUCUCUAACAUUCAAAAAUUUUAUUAUCUACGGUCUUCGCUGUCCGGAGAAGCGUUGAAGCUGGUCCAGACGAUAGCCAUUAGUGCAAACAACUAUCAAGUCGCUUGGAAUCUACUACUCGAUCAUUAUCAAAAUCCGCUGCGUCUAAAACAAUCCUACGUCGAUGCCCUAUUCGAAUUUCCGUCCAUCAAAAGGGAGUCCUCCACGGAAUUGCAUUCCCUAGUUGAAAAAUUUGAGGCCAACGUCAAGGGUUUAGCUCAAUUAGGAGAGAAGACGCAGUUCUGGGACGUUCUUUUGAUUCGUAUGUUGAGCAUCCGCUUGGAUCCGACUACUCGAAGGGAUUGGGAGGAACAUUCAUCCACGUUGAAUGUUAUAACCUUCAAGGAGCUUACUACGUUCAUCCAGCGACGCGUGACAGUUCUUCAAACCAUCGGGAAGACCAUCGACACUUCUUCAUCGGUUCCCAACAAGAAAUUGGGGCAACGGGUCAUCGCCAGUCACGGCGCUAGUCAAAUGAGUCAACGCAAAUGUAUAUUUUGCUCGGAUCACCAUCCACUAUACCAAUGCAUCGUGUUUUCAAAAAUGAGCGUCGAUGAAAAGGAGAAGGAGGUCCGGCGCCACCAACUGUGCCGGAAUUGUCUUCGUAAGGGGCACCAGGCGAAAGAAUGUCCAUCUUCGAGCACCUGCCGCAAGUGUAGAGGUCACCACCAUACCCAACUGUGUUUUAACCCUGCACAAGUCAACUCUAAAGUCAUCGAGCCCCCUCAGCCCAAGGAGAGCGGAAGUCAUCAACCAACCGAUCAACCUUCUGCGUCGGUGUCAGCAACACUCGCCGACCAUGCUAGCUAUGCCUCAGCUGGACGAGGACGUAAGGGUGUCCUACUUGCUACAGCGGUUGUCAUUGUCGUCGACGACAACGGGGUCGAACAUACAGCUAGAGCCCUGUUAGAUUCUGGUAGUGAGUGCUGCUUCGCUACGGAAUCGUUUUCCCAACUCAUCAAGGUCCAGCGCAAACGUAUCCAUCUUCCAAUCGCCGGAAUAGGACAGUCUUCGACAGAAUCUCGCUUCAAAUUCGCAUCAACAAUUCGAUCACGUGUGUCUGAAUUCUCCGCCAACGUGGAACUGCUCGUCUUGCCAAAGGUCGCAAUCGAUUUGCCCUCUACGACGAUCAACACAUCUUCUUGGAACAUACCAUCGGGGGUUCAACUGGCCGAUCCCGCUUUCUACGAGCCUUCCAAAGUCGACCUGAUUCUGGGCGCCGAAAUUUUCUUUGAUUUGUUCAAGGUAUCAGGUAGAAUUUCACUGGGCCCAGGUUUACCAGUCCUCGUCAACUCCGUUUUUGGCUGGGUAGUGUCCGGGCGAAGUGCUCACCAUCCAACAACUGCACCUAUCGUCGCCAACGUCGCUUCCAUCGUUGACCUGCACGAGCUCCUGCAAAAAUUUUGGACAAUCGAAGAAGAUGGAGUUCAAUCAUGUUAUUCAGUCGAGGAAGCAGCUUGUGAAGAACACUUUCGCCGUACGGUCACUCGCACACAUCAAGGACGGUAUGUUGUCAGCUUGCCCAUCAAGGAAGAAAUCCUCGCCAAUCUUGGGGACAAUCGUCGCACCGCUAUUCGCCGCUUCCACUUUCUGGAGGGGAAACUCACCAAGAACGAAGAGCUUUACCAGCAGUAUCGAGACUUUAUGGAAGAGUAUUUGAAACUCGGUCACAUGCAACUUGUAAGGGACUCCCAGCAUACCCAUCUACCGCGGUAUCAUCUCCCGCACCAUGCCGUAAUAAAAGAGGAUAGUACUACAACCAAAGUACGCGUGGUAUUUGACGCUUCCUGUCCUACAAUCAAGGGACCUUCCUUGAACAAUGCUUUAAUGGUGGGGCCAAUUGUGCAAGAAGAUCUGCGGUCGAUCACGAUGCGGUCCCGAAUCUAUCCAGUUCUGCUCAACGCUGACAUCAAACAAAUGUAUCGUCAAAUACUAACGGACGAGAAAAGCAACAGCCUACAGCAUAUCGUUUGGAGAUCAUCUCCUGAAGCACCGUUGCAGACGUAUGAGCUUAAAACUGUAACAUACGGUACCGCCAGUGCACCAUUUCUUGCGACUCGAGUGCUCAAGCAACUGGCAGACGACGAACAUAGCGAGUUUCCAAAGGCAGCCACGGUUCUUCGAAAAGAUUUCUAUAUCGACGACCUAUUCUCAGGAGCAGCCACGGUAGAAGAAGCUAUCGACCUGAGAAUUCAACUAGAAUCUCUGCUCAAGAAGGGCGGAUUUGAGCUUAGAAAAUGGGCUUCCAACGAACCAGCCGUCAUACAGGACGUCCCACUUGAGAAUAGGGCUCUCAAGGACACCAUUGACUUCGACAAGGAACAGUGCAUAAAGACUCUUGGUUUGCAUUGGGAACCAGGCACAGACGUACUUCGCUACAAAAUCUUCCUGCCAUCUACCUUUCCAACCGACGAAGGACUCACAAAACGUAUGCGUAUGGCACUCUCCCACAUCGCAAGACUAUUCGAUCCUUUGGGACUUGUGGGGCCAGUCAUCACAACCGCAAAAAUUUUUAUGCAAGGAAUCUGGUGUCUCAUCGACGAAGAUGGCAAACCUUGGAGUUGGGAUAAAGAGCUGCCUGCUUCAUUCAAAACCCGAUGGAACAAUUAUCAGUCCCAGCUUCCCAACCUAAACGAGCUGCGUGUGGCCCGCUGCGUCAUAUUUCCAUCGCCGACAACGUUGCAAAUCCACAUUUUCACUGAUGCAUCUGAAAACGCAUAUGGGGCAUGCGUCUACAUUCGGUCUACAAGUACCGCAGGCGACGUGAAGGUAGCAUUACUGGCCUCAAAAUCGAAGGUGUCUCCACUCAAGAAACAGAGCAUUCCGCGACUUGAACUGUGCGGCGCGCUCAUUGGUGCUCAACUGUAUGAAAAGGUCGUCGCAUCUCUCCAACUCAACGCCGACACUUUCUUUUGGGUCGACUCAACAGUCGUACUAUGCUGGCUAAAGUCUCCUCCUUCAGCGUGGACAACAUUCGUAGCGAAUAGGGUAUCAAAAAUCCAACUAGCCACCGUCAACUGCUCGUGGAAUCACAUCGCAGGCGUGCAAAACCCGGCUGACCUCAUCUCGAGAGGAACUACUGCAAACGACAUCGUAGCAAGCAAGCUUUGGUGGAACGGGCCGGACUGGUUGGCUCAAAAAAUGACGGAAUGGCCCACAGCACAACUAAACUCGUCACAGUCAAUGGAAGCUCUUCAGGAGGCGAAAAGGACCCAAACCGUUGCUGUCACAGCUACCGAGGAGCUGUCCUUUAUCGAUGAGUACAUCCUCAAGUACUCGAACUACUAUCGAAUGUUGCGCGUCACAGCCUACUGCCUCCGUUUUGUGCGAAAAUGUCAUCGAAAGUUCUCUGAGCAGCCAUCAACCGAACCUCCCACUUGUUAUCUCACCACGGACGAAAUCAAAUCUGCGGAGUUGGCGCUCAUUGCUAUGGUCCAAAGGCAGUGUUUUAGCAACGAAUGGGAGCAACUCCAGCAGCGGAAACCUAUAUCACCGAAAUCGCGACUACGAUGGUUUCAUCCGUUCAUAGACGAGCAUCGGGUACUUCGACUAGGCGGUCGACUCAGCAAAUCGCAGUUACCAUACGACAGCAAACAUCAAAUCCUACUACCAUCAUCCCAUCCAAUCUCGGCACUACUUCUCCGAUCUCUGCACCUUCGGCAACUCCACGCAGCCCCACAACUUCUCCUAGCAAUUCUUCGUACUCGGUAUUGGGUCAUAGGGGCCAGAGAUAUUGCCAAAAGGAUCACUCGUAAUUGCGUCGUUUAAUUCCGAAAUCGUCCUAAGUCCAUUCAACAAUUUAUGGCGGAAUUACCUACGGCGAGAGUUUCUGCUGCCAGACCGUUUACUACGACAGGCGUGGACUAUUGGGGCCCAAUCCAGGUGAAAUCCCAGCAUAGAAGAGCAGCACCCACUAAGGCGUAUGUGGCCGUGUUUGUCUGCUUUAGUACCAAAGCAGUGCAUUUGGAAUUAGUGGCAGAUCUUACAACAGCAAAAUUCAUCCAGGCACUACGCAGAUUUGUAUCACGGCGUGGACUUUGCUCCGACAUCCACAGCGAUAAUGGUCGGAAUUUCGUCGGUGCCGCAAACGAACUGCGGAAGUUGGUUACCAGCACAGAACACAAGGCGGCGAUUGCGGAGGAGUGCAACGUUCACGGUAUUAGAUGGCACUUCAAUCCACCUGCUGCUUCCCAUUUUGGUGGACUAUGGGAGGCGGCCAUUUCCUCUGCGCAGAAGCACUUUCAUCGAGUACUAGGUCCACACAUAUUGCCCUUCGACGAAACCGAAACGUUACUCACUCAAAUUGAGUGUUGCCUCAAUUCAAGACCAAUAAUUCCUAUCAGCGACGAUCCUAGUGACCUCCAGGUGCUAACGCCGGGCCACUUCCUCACUGGCUCAGCUUUGAAAAGCGUUCCUGACAACGACUACACCGAUAUUCCGCUCAACCGUCUUCACAAGUGGCAACAGACGCAGAAGAUCUUCCAACAUCUAUGGCAGAGAUGGCACCUUGAAUACUUGGCUACCCUUCAGCCGCGAACGAAAUGGCUGCAACCAUCGACUGGCAUUGAAAAAGGGCAGCUGGUUAUCAUAAAAGAUGAAAAUACUCCACCGAUGUGCUGGCGGACGGCACGCAUAAUUGGCCUACACCCUGGAACCGAUGGCAUAGUUCGUGUGGUUACACUGCGAACAUCACAAGGAACCUGCAUGAGGCCAGUAUCCAAAUUGUGCUUGCUUCCAUUUGCUGCGUCAUCACCAAGCAAAACAAUUCCAUCAGAAGAUGCUUCGAUCCAGUCAUCGACGAACCAAGAGGAAACAAAAUCUCCGGAACCAGCAGCCACUACUUCCAACGAUGCCAACAGAAGCCUACAAUGACAAGGAAAUACAAUGCCCUUUUCUCAAAGGGACAAGGUGAGAACCUGUCCAUUUAAUUUAACAUUCGCGAAACCCGCUACCGGGUCUUUUGUUUUCGAUUUUUUUCAACUAGCCCGUCGACGAAGUCCAAAGUAUCAGCAGCAAACGAGAUUCCUGAUCUGAUGAUGCAUAAACGUCAACCAAGCACGAGUUCGGACCGGCAUCAGCAGAUGGGAAACAACAACAAUACGAGGGAUAACCUGCAGAAGAAAAUUGAUUGGAAUCAGAAAGGCGUUUUCUGAAGGGGCCAGAAUGUUCAUGUAUCACGAAAGCGCUUCAUCUGGUUUACUACCUGUGCACCGUCUUUCGGUAAAAUACGAGUGACGACUCCCUCGACUCCGACAUCUCAACGAAUGAUGACAGAAAAAUGACAAGCAGCCCUUCGGAAAUGAAAGAUGGAGGAAAAACGAUUUCCGAUCACCCCUCGGAUAUAAAAGGCCUUCGAAGACGUCAUCGGCUCUCUUUUUCGCUCCGGUCGUCAUCUAUACAUGGAAGUGCACGGAAAACGUAAUGUAAAUUAAGAAAUUAUAAG